AUGCCAUGUGUUUUCAUUGGAUAUCCUUUUGGGAAAAAGGGUUAUAAACUAUAUAGUUUACAUACCAAGUCUGUGUUGGUUUCCAAAGAUGUUAUUUUCCAUGAGUGUGUCUUCCCCUUUCACCUUUCUUCUUCUCCUUAUUCUCUUUCAUCUCCCAUUUCCACUGCUCCUCCUCUUUUUCAUUCUCUAUCUGAUCCUGUUGCUCCUAAUUGCUCAACUCCUUCUUCAGCAGGUUCUCCUUCCACUUCUUCUUUUCCUUCCACUUCUACUUCUCAGUCAUCUCAUACUCCACCAUCUGUUUCUUUUCCCUCACCUUUUCCUUCAUCUCCUGCCCUUGUUGCUUCUCCUCAUCCUCCUCUCAGAAAGUCCACUAGACCUCACAACCUUCCAUCUUACCUUCAGGACUUUGUGGUUAAACUUCCCUCUUCUUUCUGCUCCUCUACUACCUCCACUUCUAUUGUUUCAACUGUUGCAGUUGAACCUCACUCCUAUAUUCAGGCAGCUGCCAGCCCAGCUUGGCAAGAGGCCAUGAGGAAGGAGUUUUAG